CAACUUACAGACAGUUCUAUACGGGACUCCGUGCAGUAAAUACUUGUACACAAACAUGUACGAGUGAAUUUGAACUCUGUGAUCGUACCUCUAAUGUAAAAGUUACCUUUAACAGUAUACAAAUAAAGUGUAUUUUCCCUUGAACAAUGAGAUUGUUUGUGUCGACUCUGUUUCUUUGUCUCGUCUUUUACUCGGAACAGAAAUCUACCCCCCAAGAUGACAGCUACGUCGCCGCCGUGGUGGAGUACGAGGUCAACACAAAUGUAUCUACCAACUUACAAAACUAUGUUAACUUGAUAAAAGAGGCCGCGGAACAGAAUGCAGAUAUAAUAGUUUUCCCGGAGAUGACACUCACGAGAGGGCAGCGUCGUAUACUGGUUCCUGUACACGGAAUCCUCAAAACCACACCCAUACCAGCUCUGAACCCUGAGUUAUACGACGAAAUUCUAGUCUCAAUAUCCGCAGCGGCCCGUGAGCAUCUAAUCUACGUGGUCAUUAACGUACAAGAAGUGAUGGACUGUAGCAACGCGCCCGGGGAAUACUGCCCUGAACAGAAAGAAUACCUAUUUAAUACCAACGUUGUGUUUGAUAGAAACGGCGCUGUUAUAGACCGUUACCGUAAGAUAAAUUUGUUCGGCGAGUUCACUCGUACACCAGCUUUGAAGCCGGAGCUGGGCAUCUUCAGUACCGACUUCGGGGUCACCUUUGGCCACUACAUCUGCUUCGAUCUGAUGUUCCAAGUGCCGGCUGUCCAGGUCGUGCAGAAACAUAACCUCACUGAUGUGAUCUUCAGUACCAUGUGGUUCUCUGAGAUGCCGUAUUUAACUGCUGUGGAAAUCCAAGAGGCGUAUACUUACGCUAUGAACGUCAACUUCUUAGCAUCAGGCGCUAACAACGUGAGAGUGGGCAGUGCUGGGUCUGGUAUCUACUCAGGCAAGGCCGGCGCGUUGAUCAGCGUGAUGCCCGGCGUGCCCACCACCAGACUCCUCGUAGCUAAAGUGCCUAAAGUACCGGGACAGGUUAAGGAGGAUUACCCUGGUCCUAUCAGCGACGACCCCAAGGCGCUGGACAGCUUGAGGCUCAUCAGCGACCCCUCACUACCCUCGCACUCCAGCCGCGAGCUGGUCAGCGGCAGCCAGGAGUUCACUCUCACCACCAACGAGGUCUCCUGCAAGUUCUCCGUCAACCUGCAGCUCAAGGAUGGUGGACAGGUUGUACAUUACAGAGCAUUAGCUAAAGAUGGUAUCAACACGUAUUCUAGAAAGGACCUUGGAGUUGCGACAUGCGCAAUUGUCGCCUGUAAAAACGAUUCGAUAAAAAGCUGCCCAUAUAGAUUCGAGAAAACAGAAGACGUCGUAUUAGAAGAUCUAGUGAUAGAGAUGACGUCACACGUCCAUCAUUAUAAUACGUCACUACAAUGUGAUGACGUCAUUUACUUUCCGAUCUCUUUCACUAACAAUAAAUUCCCCGUCAGACCAAAGAAUGUUACAUUUCUAGAAAGUUCCAAGAUAACUUCGAACGAAGUUCUAGCUUGUGAAAAUAAUUUAAAUAUAGAUUUAAAUGGACAUAAAGAACAUAUUAUACAUAAAAUAAAUAAACCGCAGAGUAAUUUGGUUGCAUUUGGUGUUUGGGGUCGCAUCUACAAUAGAGAUUUUGAUCAUAACAAGAGACCAACGGAAGACGAUUUGAAAAAUUAUUUAGAGAUUGAAGAUUGGAUUUAUAAAAAGCAAAAGAAAGAAAAUGUGAUCUAAUCCGACUGAAAUAGACUGAAGCAACAUAACGAACUUUUGUAUCAUCUAUACUACAGAGAGAGAGAGAGAGAGAGAGAGAGAGAGAGAGGGAGAGAGAGAGAGAGAGAGAGAGGUACUAUCUAUAUUAUAAA